ACCGCGGGCGGUCAGGGAACUAGCAGGAUGUCCGCCGAGGUCGAGCGUGGUCAGGUUGACUCGGGUUUGACAGCCGCCUGCUCCGGCGUGGGGGUGCAGGAGAACCCAAAUAACCGGGAGGGGGCUCCGCCGCCCGGAGACCCGGAGGGGCAGAACGCGCCGGGGGCGACGCUUGGAGGAGGAGAUGCCCACAGACUAGGCGAGGGGAGUCCGGCGGACAAGAGGAGCAAGGAGAACGAUAAGGAGAACGAACGGAGCGGCGCCGAGUCCGCCGCCGAGACCGUCAAGACGAAAGUUGUCGAAGCUCCGCCACCGAAAGUCAACCCGUGGACGAAGAGGACCACGGGGCGGGUGUCAGUCCCCGGCAGCACGAGCCCUGGCUCGCAGGAGAAAGAUCAGCAAAACGCUCUGAAGGUGGUUCGAGCCAGACAGCCCAGAGUGAGGAAGACCAGUAAGUCCGGUGACUUCAGCGACAUCACGAACUGGCCCACACCUGGAGAGCUGGCCAAAGAGCAGCAGAGCGUCCCCAGCAACAACGGGAAGAAGCCGCCCCCCCGCAGGGAAAAGGACCGGCGGCGUGAGCGGAAAUCCGAGAGCAGCCAUGACGGAUGCGAGAGCAAGGAGAACCAGGAGGCCCGGCCCGGGGAGCGGUCCAAAGACCAGGAGUCCAAGGCGGGACAGGACGCCAGGAGCAGCAGCCCGAAGAAGAGAGGAGGUGAGGGUCACAAACGUAAGUGGGUUUGUCUGCCGCUGGACGAAGGCUCCCGGGAAGACGCUGACAAGACGCCCAGGGGGGGGCCGGCGCACUCUGAGACCGCCGUCGACGCGCCCGACCCUGCGUCAUCCAAUCGAACGCUCAGGAACUCCACAGCGCAUGAUGGCAGCCUGAGUUGGAGAGCCGAGCCGCGGGACCACAGCGACGACGCGGGCAGCACCCGGGGUGAAGGCGGCGGCGUUCGAGGAGGACUGCGAGGCCGGGGCAAAGGCCGCGGGCGAGGACGAGGGCGUGGACGAGGUCGGUACGAAUACUCGCUGACCUUCACGGAUGCCCCGUCCUCGGAUGGCUCCGCCCAGGUCCCAGCAGAGUUCGGCUCCAACAACAUGGUUUACUACUACGACGACGGCAGCAAGGUCCAGAUGUACACGGUGGACGAGAAGCUCCUGAAGGAGUACAUCAAACGGCAAAUCGAGUACUACUUCAGCAUUCACAACCUGGAGCGAGACUUCUUCCUGCGCAGGAAGAUGGACGCGCAGGGUUUCCUGCCCAUCUCCCUCAUCGCCAGCUUCCACAGAGUUCAGGCCCUGACCACGGACAUCAGCCUCAUCAUGGAGGCGGUGAAGAGCAGCUCAGAGGUGGAGCUGCUGGAUGACAAAAUCCGCUGCAAAAAGGAGCCCGAGCGUUGGCCCAUCCCCGCCCCGCCCCUCGUGGGUUCUCCGCACACCGACUUCUCCCAGCUCCUCAACUGUCCGGAGUUCGUUCCUCGACAGAGCCUCGCCUCCGCCCGCUCCGCCUCGUCGCCUGUGCAGGAAACUCCUCUGCGUCCGGAGGCGCCUCGGGACUCGGCGGAGUCCGGCUCGCCCCGCCAGGAGCCGCUCCCCGCCGUAGAGGACUCCCUCGCUGCCCUCACGGCCGACCCGGACGCCUGGAUCCAGGUGGAGAAACGCCACCGACAGCCUUCUGGGAAAGCAAAGCAUGCAGAGGAGCAUGCAUGUGCUGCUGGCUCCCCUCCUCCUCCUCCUCCUCCCUCCUCACUGCUCCAACCAGAGUGCCUCAUCUCUGCAGGGGGCGGGAAGGCUCCUCCCCCCAUCCCGCAGGCGCCGCCGCAGACGGUGCCCGACCAGGAGGAGCUGGACUUCAUGUUCGACGAGGAAAUGGAGCAGAUGGCUCCCAGGAAGAACCGCUUCACGGACUGGUCGGACGAGGACUCCGACUACGAGCUGGACGACCAGGACGUCAACAAGAUCCUGAUCGUCACCCAGACUCCCCCCUACGUCCGGAAGCACCCCGCCGGCGACCGAACCGGCAACCAUGAGUCCCGGGCCAGGAUCACAGCGGACCUCGCCAAAGCCAUCAACGACGGCCUCUACUACUAUGAGCAGGACCUGUGGAAGGGAGAGGAGCCCCCUGAGGGCUUCAAGCAGGACGUGGAGAACUUCAAGAAGCUGAACAUCAUCAGCCAGGAUGAGUUUGACACGCUCACACCCAAAGUGCCUGAGGACUCGAGCCAGGAAGCCCCGCCCCUUCCCAUGCCAGUUGACAGCGGAGCAGAACUGGCGCGUUCUCUUCCCGCCUCGGUGCCCGAGUCGCCCAGCUCUCACCAGCCCCGCACCCCCAGAACCCCCCGCACCCCCGGACGCCAAGACCCCAACAAGACUCCCCGCUUCUACCCCGUGAUGAAGGAGAGCAGCAGCCUGGAUAAGCAGACGCCCAGGAAGAAGAAGACUCGCCACAGCGCCAACCCCCCCCACGAGGCCCACAUCGGCUGGGUGAUGGAUUCCCGUGAACAUCGACCGCGCUCGGCGUCCAUCAGCAGCUCCAACGCGUCUCCAUCGGACGGCGCGCCGCUGUCGGGAAGCUACGGCUGCACCCCCCAGUCCCUGCCCAAGUUCUGGCACCCGUCCCACGAGAUGCUGAGGGACAACGGCUUCACCCAGCAGGGCUACCACAAGUACCGCCGGAGGUGCCUGAACGAGAGGAAACGGUUGGGCAUCGGCCAGUCUCAGGAGAUGAACACUCUCUUCAGGUUCUGGUCCUUCUUCCUCAGGGACAACUUCAACCGGAAGAUGUACGAGGAGUUCAGACAGUUUGCGGUGGAAGACGCCAAAGAAAACUACAGGUAUGGACUGGAGUGUCUGUUUCGAUACUACAGCUACGGUUUGGAGAAGAGGUUCCGGUUGGAUCUCUUCAAGGACUUUCAGGAGGAGACCCUGAAAGACUUUGAGAAAGGUCAGCUGUACGGGCUGGAGAAGUUCUGGGCCUUCCUGAAAUAUUCAAAGAUGAAGAACCAGCCCAUCGACCCAAAACUGCAGGAGCAUCUCUGCAAGUUCAGAAACCUGGAGGACUUCAGGGUGGAGCCGCCGAUGGGGGACGAGGGGGGCAGGAGGAGGCGCCCCUCGGCCGGGGAGGACGGAAGGCGCCGGCGACAUCCUUCCAACACUACCUCAAAGGCAGCGCAGGCCAACAAAUCCUCCAUCACGCCGCCUCAGCCCGCUUCCGCCGCGCCACAGACCACGCCCAACGACAGCGCGCAGAAAAAGGCCGCCGCGCCGCCCGCCAACAGGAAGAAGGCCGACGGCAAAGCAGGAAAGAAGGAGGGCGCCACACCCAGUAAAUGAAUGAGAGAAGCGUGUGGAGAGUGUUUGACCAGGAGAGACGGGGGCGUGGCUUUCGGCUCCUCCCCCACCGUUUGGUAUGAAGAGAGACUGAGCGCGGUUGAUUCGAUUGUUUUCAUCAGUGCAUUUCAUUUUUGGAGCAUCACAGGCGUGGAAUGGCGCCUGCUCUUACCGUUUACAAACACACAACCUUCCCUUCAUUUGGCCUUGUGUCUCGGAUGCCAAACUCUUGGAGGGUUCGGUCCCGGCCGUGACCCGCUCGGGUCCGUGACGCGCUCCGGAACCGGGCUCCACCGUCGUGCCCAGAACAGCAGGCGCUGCUGCGUCGUCUGGUGUGCCUUAAUCUUCUUCAGUGCGAAAAAAUGCGCUUCUCAAGGUCUUCCUUCUCAUUUCUCUGGGUUUGAACCCGUGACGCCGAGCGGGUUUGCCAACCUGCACACGUUCUGUUCUCACGGUGACAAUCAGGCUGACGGCAGCGGUCCAGAAGGAGCAGCUCCUCCUCUGACCGUCUGCAGAAAGGUAAAAACCAUCACGUUUGGUUUGAAAACCCGAAGAAAUCCCAUUUCACAGCCAGAGAUUGUUUAAUUUAUUGUUUCCUUUUUGCUUUUCUUCCAUGUUUGACUAAUGGAAUAGUCUUAGCAGUUUUGAAUGGCUUUUACUGAUCACCAGUGGGAAUGAAGGGUGUGAGCUUUCAGCAGAAAACUACCCAAUAUUUAAGCUUGAAGUUGACUUCAUCUUCUGUUUGAGGCUUGGUGCUGCAGAGCACCCUCUUCAUCCUCCUUUUCAUUCAUUAAACUUCAUUUUAGAGUUGAAUUAAAAUUUUAAAAAAAAUGUAAAUACUAUAAAAAUCAUUUGCUUUUCAUUUAUUCAUCUGAUUUUAGGAUGUGAUCUGUUUUAUCAUUAGUGUGUUUUUCAGUGUUUUAGGAUGAAAGGAUGCAUGUCCAUGAAUUGUAAAAUGCAAAAAAAAAAAGAUAAUCUCUAUAAAGUAUCUGCUGAUUGUAUGAA